AUGUCCAUCCGAGCGGUUCGAGAACCGGCCAACGCCAAAGUCGAUAUCGUGUUCGUCCACGGCCUGCACGGCGAUCAAGCACCAUGGACAUCUGAGGCCGACGUUUUCUGGCCAGAAAAGCUCCUUCCGGGGAAAAUCUCCGACGCAUGUAUUCUGUCGUUUGAGUACGACGCGGCCGUCGGUCUCUUUUUCGAUGAGGACGACGAAGUCACGGACAUUUCCAACGACCUGAUUAACGAGCUGAUGGACCAUCGGACUGAGAAGGACAAUGUAUUUUUUUCCCUUCCUUCUUCCCAGUUCCGCUCCCGCUCCCGCACGACUUCGCUAGGGGCUCUUGCUCUUGAAUCCAGCUGGUUGACGAAGCAACAACAGGAGGAAAGACCGAUUAUCUUCGUCGCGCAUUGUCUCGGUGGCGUUGUUCUGGAGAAUGCCCUCGUCCGAGCCGCUGAACACCCCCGCAAAAAAGGGCUCAUCAGCUGUAUCCACGGCAUCCUCCUCCUCGGAACCCCGCACUUCCAACCGGACUCGCUCGCAGCAGCGACCAAGUAUCUCCAAACCGCCAAGGCCUCGAUCCCCAGCGAGCCGGACUUGAAAGGCCGAUUAACCCGCCUCAGCGGGAUCCCCUGGCGCUUCGCUGAGCUCAAGCAAGCAGGCGCUGAGUUCGAGAUCGAAGGGUUCUACGGCAGCAAGGAGACUAAGAUCGUGGAUGAGGCGCUGGCCCGGGCGCCCGAUGCGCCGCCGCCCGAGCGCCUGGCGCGCAGUCACCUCCGGCUGAGCCAGUAUGAUGCUGAGGAUGAUAAGGAUUUCAAGAAGGUGGUGAGGGUGCUUACGCAGUGGGCGGGGAAGAUUGUGCUUCCGGAGGAGGAGAAGGGGGCUGCGAAUGUGUCAAAUGCAACGUUCUCGGGUUCGCAUAAUUCGGGGUUGCAGCUUGGGCAGAAUGUGGGCACUCUGAAGGAGUUUAGCUUUGGCAGGGCGCACACAACUGAGGACAUUGAUCGAAUCUCUCUGCACGCUCUGCGCUGCCCGGACUCGCUGGCCGUGAAGAAUCGCCUGAAAGAGAGCAAGGACCGGUUGGUCCACCAGUCUAUCCAGUGGAUUCUCGAAGAUGCGCAGUACAAAGAGUGGGAAAAUGGGGACGAAAUCGGCCUGCUCUGGAUCAAGGGAGGCGCAGGGAAGGGCAAGACGAUGUUGUCGAUUGGGCUGAUCGAGCAGCUUGCCCGAGCUGCGCAGGCGGAGGAUGACUCGACCUUGGUGAUUUAUUCGUUCUGCCAGAAUGCCGACUACGAGCUCAAUACGCUGGAAGCCAUUCUCAAGGGGUUGAUCCUGCAGCUGGCAAACCAGCGACCGGAGCUGAAGGAGUCGCUACGUCGCCGAUGGGACACCAUACAGGAGGCCUUUACCGAGGAUGUCACCUCGUGGCGAUCGCUGUGGAAUAUUCUUUUCGAGAUGUUGGCCCGGUGCAAGUCCUCAAGGGUAUACAUGGUUGUUGACGCGCUUGAUGAAUGUGUGAAUGACGACGUGGUGGACUUUCUUAGGUCCAUCGUGCGAAAGGGGCUCGAUCAUCCGGGAAAGAUCAAGUGGCUGUUGACAAGCCGGCCAUGGGACGGGGCAGAGCGGGUCCUGCUAGCUGGUCCAGACCAGCUGCAGAUCAAUCUGGACGGGGAAUACAAUUCCCAAUCGGUUUCUGGGGCUGUGGUCGCUUACAUUGCUUCCAAAGUGGAGCAGCUUAGUCGCCAGCACAGAUAUGGAGCGACUCUAAAGAGCGAAAUGGUGACUGAGCUUACCGAAAGAUCAGAAGGGACCUUCUUGUGGGUAAGCUUGGUAUGCAAGGCGCUCGAGAGUGUCUCUCGAGAGGAUGCUCUGGCCACCGUUCAAAGCCUGCCCCCAGGAUUGCAUCCAUUCUAUGAUGGGGUAUUGAGCCAGCUCAACCAAGGCGAGCCGGCUGAAGUCCAAAAGUGUAUGCGACUACUCAAGGCCAUGAUGACGGUAUACCGACCUUUGAAAGUGGAGGAAGUUGCUAGUGUCAUCGGCCUGACCGAUGAAGAGGAGACCAUUAGAGCAUUGGUCGACUGCUGUGCUUCGCUUAUCCGGCUGCGUGAAAAACACAUCGAGUUUAUUCAUCAGUCAGCGCGAGACUACUUGGCCGGAGAGAAUGGUCUGGCUAUACUUGACUCCCAUGGACGCUUCGGACAUGAAGAAAUUGUCCUCGCUUGCAUGUCUUAUCUGUCUGAAUGUCUCAAGCCCGACCUUGUCGACCUGCCGCGACCAGAUGCCACGAGAGACUCUUUGGAAGUUUUGGAGAAUAGGCCAAAUGAACCGAAGAAUGGCAUACUGUCUUGA